AUGUCCGAACCUUUUGACAAGGAAAGGCAUUGUUUAACGCCAGAAUUGAUUCGAAUGCAUGUCAAUCAAAAGAAAAUACAAUGGAAGCAGCCUCAGUGCAUCAAAAGGUCCCCCUGGCUCUCAGAGGUCGCCUUGAAAGGCGAAUUCGGCGAGAUAGGUCUCGAGGCUUUGCAUGAAUCUAUCUUGCGUCUUCGUCAUCUUACUGGUAGCGAUACUGACGAGUGGCGUAAAAGGGUCGAAAAAUGUGAAGGAAUACUUCAAAAACAUAUACAACAGGCAGCUGAUCACAUAGAAUUUCUUCAUCAUGAAGAAAAAGCUGCUCGAAGGAAGGAAAAGGCUUCGAGGAAAAGGCUUCGGGAAAAGGAAGAAGAAAAAGCUGCUCCAAUGCAGUUAAAGGCUCAGAGUAAAAGAUCUCGGGAAGAGGAAACAGAAAAAGCUGCUCAGAGGAAGAAAGAAGCUCAGAGUGAAAGAUUUUGGAGAGAGGAAAAAGAAAUACGGGAGCAAUAUUUCAGAAGGGGAGUAAAGGAACUAGGUUAUACGAAAGAUGCAGAGUCCCCUGAAGAUUUGUCUUGGACAGACCCUAAUGCUUCCGGUUUCCAUCACCCAGAACCCGAAUCUCAUUCAAACGUUGGUGCUUUCAGACCUGGAGUACAAGAUGUAUAUCUUAAUUCUCCUCAUCGAUUGACAACAACUUCGACGGCUCAAGGACAGGUUCAAGGAUUGAACGCUAGCUCCGCAUCACAUCUCUCUCAAUACUCACGCAAUUCUUCCCCUCAGUUUACACCUAUGUCUUCACCCUAG